CGAGCUCCUCGGUGCGCUGUCCACUUCAGCACCACAAGCCGCGGGGCUGCCAGCUAACGCCGGAGAGGAGGCACCAAAGACGCGCCUCCACAUCAGCACCGACCCGCAGCGCCGAGUCACAGACUACACGGCGAAACAUCCGCCCCGGUGCGCCAAACCAGCGAGGCAGAAGACCGCAAGAACAAGUAACGAGCGCAGGAACCAUGUACGACGCGGCGCGAGUGCCGUCUCCUAAGGAUGGCGCUAACGGGAUGGCCCAGGCCGCGGUCCCCGGAGCAGGAGCAGGAACAGCUGCAGGAUCAGCUGGGCUGACGCCGACCGCACUGCUACAGGCUAAAGCUGAGGGGGGACAGCCAGGUACCGAGGAGGAGGAGGAGGAGGAUAAUGAGGAGGAGGAGCCCGAGGCAGAGCCAGUCCUGCUGAAAAAGCCACACAGGGAGAUUCUUGACCAUGAGAGGAAAAGGAGGGUGGAGCUGAAAUGUAUGGAGCUCCAGGAGAUGAUGGAGGAGCAGGGGUACACCGAAGAAGAGAUUCGACAGAAAGUCAGCACAUUCAGACAAAUGCUGAUGGACAAGGAGGGCGUCAUCACCAGAGAAGGCUCACACACACAACCAGCGGUCGACCACCUGCACUAUCAGCAUGACGAGUAUGAAGGGAACCCCGAACUGGUUGGUUAUGAAGAGGGGGGCUAUGACCAUGAUUACCACAGUGACGACCGAGUAAAGAGGAAGUCGAGCAGCUCUCCAUCCCCUCGUCCAAAGAAAAGGAAGAAGAAGAAAUCUGGCCACCGUAGGAGUCGGUUUGGCAGCUCCUCACCUGCCCACAGAGAGAAGAAGAAAAAGAGUGGAAAGAAACACAAGCGAGACAGAUCUGCAUCUGGCUCCAGGAAAAAGAGGAGACACAGAUCGGGCAGCUCAAAGAACAAACACAAAGACAAGAACAAACAGAAAAAGAGGUCCCCCGGUGAGACCCCCAGUAGGAGUUCACAGCGUCAAGGCAGCUGCUGUAGCUCCCGUAGCGCCUCCCUGUCCUCCACACGGAGCAUCUCCAAAUCUCCCGGCAGGCUGAACUCCAAGCACAAGACGGAUGGACAAAAGGCGUCCGGCGCCUCGCUGUCGCCGGGCAACAAUGCUCCCGCCUCCUGGCACAACGGGGACCACACCCAGCGGAGCCGCAACGGCAAGGCCGGCAGACUCAACCCUAGCGAGGGCGAGAGAGGUCACGAUAAGCUCCGUCUGCUGACCGCUAGCUCUGCAAGCAUCCAGUCCACUCUGCUGGGAGAGCACAAGCUCCACAGCGCCCCCAGCAGGAGCCAAACGGGUCAGAUGUGCGCAGCAGGAGAGGCCGGGAGCGUGGCUGGCAGGAACACCGAUGUGGGGACCUCCGUAACCAAGGCGACGGGGAGGAGAGGAAGCCAUAGAGGCCACAAUAAGACCUCCCGCUCCCCUGCUCACAGCAGCGACUCGGCCCACUCCCAGCACAACCACGCCCGCAGAGGGAGGACCUCUCGCCGUCAGAGAAAGACAAAAGUGGUUCACUCUUCCAAAGCGACCAACAAUACAAUCGAAAUACAGACCCUCCACUGGAGUCUGUCGGCAUCUCCGGGAGGCCAUCCGCACACGUCGGGCAGGAAGAAAGACGAGUCCCGGGGGAAAUCCAACCUCCGGCAGCGCAGCAGCUCCUGGAGCAGCGGGCGCUCGUCCUCGCGCUCCGCCUCCAGAGACAGAGGGCCCAGCAAGGCCAAGUCCCCACACAACAGACAGAACAACUCCAGAGAGAGGGAAAGCCCAAACCAAUCCGACACCGACAGCCGAGCUCGCCGCCGCUCACGCAGCUACUCGCCAAUCCGCAAAAGGAGAAGGGAUUCGCCCAGCUUCAUGGAGGCUCGCAGGAUCACCAGUGCUCGGAAGCGGCCGAUACCGUACUACCGGCCCAGUCCCUCGUCGUCCAGCUACGACAGCAGCCCGUCCCAGUCCAGCCGCAGCUACAGCAGCUACAGCCGCAGCCGGAGCCACAGCAGAAGCCGGAGCUGGAGCCGCAGCCGCAGCCGCAGCCAGAGUCGAAGCUGGAGCCGGAGCAAGAGUCGCUCCCGCAGCCACCACAGCUACUACAGCCGCAGCAGCUACGACAGCCCCGGCUUCUGAGCGCGACACGCGGAGGAGUGCUGAUACGUUUUUCUGUGCUCUGGUUGGGUCGGGAUCUUUACCGGGCUCCCCACAAAGCGGCGCGCGGCUGUACAGUCCUUGGCCCCACACCCCUU